GCGUACAUCAUCAGUUGAAAGCUUGAAGCUUUGAGUGCAACAAGAGAAAAACACAACAAAUUAAAAUUCUAACACGCAAUUGCAUAUUGAAUAUUUGUUAUUGUUUUUACAAUUGGAAAAUUACUGAACAUGGCUGAGACAUCGAAGCGAGUUGGGGAACCGCCGCAGGACGAGCAAGUGGAGGUGCUUGACUGCGAUAUUGAGUUCGCGGAGGCGGAGGAGCAGCCGCAGUCCUCGCAAGAAAUCCCGCCCAAGACCGGCAAGCUCAUCAAGAAAGCCAUGAAGAAGGCGUUUAAGGCUCAGCGUAUGCUGCAGCAGGCCAUGGAGCAGCUGGCCAAGGAGCAGGCCAGGAUCAGGAGAGCUGGAGACAAGCAGGCAAAGAAGCAGAAGAAGAUCCAACGGAAGCAGGAUAAGAAAGCCAAAAAGUUGUCCAAGAAGCUGCAGAAGCAGCAAAAGGAGCAACAGCCCCAGGAGCAGCUGGAUUCGAACGAGAAAUCUGGACGCUCUCGCUCCAAUAGCGUCAGCUCCACUUCUAGUUCAUCUAGCUCAUCGAGCUCCUCAUCCGGCUCAUCGAGCAGUUCCAGUUCCGGCUCGGAGCACAACUAUGGUCAUUUGUUUGGCUGCGGUGGCAAGUGGGCUGGACGACGUGGUCAUCAUGGUCGCAGGGAUCGUUCCAGAUCCCGUUCGCGCAGUCACCCGCAUGGUCCCUGGCGUAGACACUGUCAUGGUCAUGGUCAUGGUCAUGGACCUGGACAUCGUCACGGUCAUGGUCAUGGUCAUGGUCAUGGACAUGGACCUCAUCACUUUGGUCCCCAUCAUUUUGGUCCCCAUCACUUUGGCCCACAUCACUUUGGUCCUCAUCACUUUGGUCCUCAUCAUUUUGGACCGCAUCACAUGUCGUGGCCAAUGUGGGAAAACUCGCAGUUUUUUCGGUUCGGCGGCCUGCCGUGGGCCAUGGAGACGAGCACGGCAUUUCCGACAAACCGAUCGAGGUCUAAGUCCCGUUCUAUUUCCUGCGCCGGAGAUCGUGGACAUCACAGUCGAGGACACAAGCACGGAGGCGGACACGGACACGGACAUGGCCACAAGGGUCAUCAGCAUGACCGUCGAGUGAAGCGCUCCAGUUCCAGUUCCAGUUCUAGUUCCAGUUCCAGCUCCGGUACUAGUUCCAGUUCCAGCUCUAGCUCGGAAAGCGAGUCGGAAAUGGGACGUCGUCAUGGACCGCAUCGCGGACACCAUCGUGGUCAUCAUCAGUGGCCACAUCACUGGCCACAUCACUGGCCACAUCAUGGUCCACCUCGUGGUCCACCUUGUGGUCCACCUAGUGGACCCCAUCACUGGCCACACCAUGGGCCUCAUUUUGGUCCAUUUGCCGGCCCUCCGCUACCACCGCCGUUUGGUCCACCAUCACGUCCUGAUUUCGGUGGUCGACGCAGUCGUUCCCUUUCUCGCUCCCACUGCAAGGGCGACAAAUCCACUGAUCGUCCGGUGAGCUGUGCUCGCUCCCACUCUCAUUCUGAAAAGGAGAGCAAGCACGACAAGCACGGCAAGGGCAAGGAAAAGGGUAAGAGCAAAGGCAAGGAUCACCACAAGCACAAGCAUCACGGACAUGAGCCUCAUCAUGGAUCCCAUCAUGGACACCAUCAUAGACGACACAACUUUGAUGUUUAAAACAUUUAGAUACAUCCCAAAGAUAUCGAUCAAUUGCAUAUAUCAAAAAA